ACUUCAGACCGUUUUCACUUUCUUGUGGCGGAUCUUCGAGUGUAAAAGUGCAUGUGGUGUUGUUUUAAGUUCGAAUAAAAGGAUAUAAAAUAAAUAAAGAAAGAAAAUAAAGGUGAACAUUUUAAGUGGGUUGAAGAUUGUGACGUGAAAAGGUAAACCGGCCUAUCAAAUGUGAGAAUAGACAGCCGGUCGGACAGGUCAUAAGAGAGAAUUACUUUCUACAGAAGCUAAGGAGUUCUUUUGAUUUCUACUAAAGGACCUAGUGAGAGUGGAACUUCCGUGAAGCCAUUAGUAUUUGGGGAACUCCUUCAAACGAGACAAGUACUCAAGAUCCAAACAGGAAAAAACGACACGAUCUCGAAUAAUUUACGAUGAAGGAGGGUGGACCGUGGAGGAUAUGGACGAUAUAUCUGCUUCUUGCUGCAGGUAACAUCUAUAGUCCAAUAGUUAACUGUCAAUCCUACAGCGAGGGUGGAGCAAGAGGUGAUGCAGGUGAUGCUGCUUCUCUUGGUUUCGAUGGAGUACUCGCAAGGCACGAUGGCUAUGUGAAAGGCGAAACACCAACGAUUCCUCAAACUAGCUUCAGUUGUUCAGCCCAGCCUUAUAAUCCUGGUCUUUAUGCUGAUGUGGAAACACAGUGUCAGGUGUACCAUGUUUGCUUCGAAGACCGUCAAGAAAGCUUCCUUUGUGGCCCAGGGACGAACUUUAAUCAGAGAAUUCUUGCAUGUGAUUUCUGGUACAAUUUCGACUGUCAAAACAGUCCGUCAUUUUAUAACGUAAAUGCUGAUAUUGGAAAAACUCCAGAUGCAGUAUUUAAUGUAGGACAAGGCCGUGAACCACAACAGCCAUCUUAUCCAAAUUUUCCUAGACAGCCAGAACAACCACCGUCUGGAGGAUCUUUCCCUUCUCGAGUUACUGUUCCUCCACCACCACCACCAAGAGUGCAGCCUCCAAGACCUAAUGAAUAUCAGCCUCCACAGCCACAACCCCCAAGAAUACAACCAGAUCAACCACUAUUUAGGCCAGACCCUCCCCGACCUCAACCUAGACCUGAACCUCCUCGAAUUCAGCCACAACCCCAACCUGAACCUCCUCGAUUUCAACCUCGACCAGAACCUCCUCGAUUUCAACCCCGACCUGAACCUCCAAGAAUAGAUGUGAAACCUCAAUAUCCUUCACAACCUACCGCUGUCGGUCAGGGUGGUAGAGUAACACCACAAAGACCAUCUAUUCAACAAGAAGAAGAUUCUGGAUACCAAUUUGAAGGCAACAAUCCUCAACAGCCUGAAUAUCUUCCACCACCACCACCACCCAGACCACAAACGCCGAGACCUGUUUUCCCACCAGUGGUAUCUCCUCCACGUGUAUCACGACCCCCUUUGACUCCCGCAGUUAUACGCCAGCCUGAAGGCAGCAUAUCUCGUCCAAGAGUUCCUACAUCUGAUAUUCGACCAGAUUUCCAUCCUGAUUCAAAUCUUAAAGGAAAUGUUGAUUACGUACCACAGCAACCUCGUCCUCCUCAACCUCCACGAAUACCACAACAGCCACGUGUACCACAGCCAAGUCGGCCAGUUGGUACAGGUUAUCCUAGUUAUCCUGUUUCACAAAGACCUAUUAGUCCUAAACCAGAACCACAAAGACCUGUGAGCAGACCUUAUCAGCCUCCUCCAACACUGCAACAAGAACAUAUAGAUACAGAAUAUAUUCCACCACAACCAAAAGAGCCAUCAAGACCUAGUACAUCUUUUAUUCCUCCUCCACCACCACCCCGUCCAAUUCAACAAGAAGUUACUGCUGUUCAACCAUCUUCAAGACCAUACGUUCCUCCCCCACCACCACCCCGUCCAAUUCAACAAGAAGUUACUGCUGUUCAACCACCUUCAAGACCCUACGUUCCUCCUCCACCACCACCCCGUCCAAUUCAACAAGAAGUUACUGCUGUUAAACCACCUUCAAGACCAUACGUACCACCUCCACCACCACCACCACGACCUAUUCAACAGGAAGUGACUCGCGUUCAACCACCUUCCAGGCCAUAUGUUCCCCCUCCACCACCACCACGUCCUAUUCAGCAAGAAGUAACUCACGUUCAACCACCUUCCAGGCCAUAUGUUCCCCCUCCACCACCACCACCACGUCCUAUUCAGCAAGAAGUAACUCGCGUUCAACCACCUUUACCACCACAAAGACCUAUUGAUCCUGAUUAUGGCAGACCUCAACCACCAGUUGCUCCAUCAAUUAUCAGAGAGCAACAAAAACCAGCAGUUGUACCUCCCAGUAGACCUCAGGUAUCAGAAGGUGGAAGACAAUCCCGUCCACCACAAAGACCUAAACCAGUUUUCCCACCUCCUUCAGAUCAUCCAAAUGCCAAUAUUAAAGGAGGCCCUGGUUAUCAACAACCUCCUCCCCAAAUUCCCCGAUUUGAACCUACCCGAAUAAGCAGACCAUCUGCACCCCAAGGCGUUAGGCCAAAGCCCGAGGUAUCAGUAAAUGCGGUAAAGCCAACUGGUGAUAAAAGACCUAGUGCUACAGGAACUGGGGGAUAUAAAGUCCCUCAACAGGAAAGAAUAAAGAAACCAAGUGAGCCACCAAAAGCAAUCUAUCAACCUCCAAUUCAAGUCAUAGAUCAUCCAAGAAGUGAAAUCAAAGGCACUGGUUACGAGAGCACUGCCUCCCAACAGCCCCAGAGAAUUAAAUCACCUUCUACAUCUUCGGGUGUUAAACGGCCCCAGCCAGAAAGACCCAGAGCACCUGUUGUUGUUUCUAGACCUCAACCACCUUCACUACCAGCCACAAAUAUAAAAACAGCAAGUAGAGUUGAUAAUCAAAUUUAUGAAAGACCAAGACCUCAAGCAGUAGGUUCAGGUCGCGUCAAAACUCAAAGUCCAUCCCAAAACCGACCGGUUUCCCGUCCAACCUGCUCAGGUGGUUCAGGUGGACCAGGAUGUCCUAGACCCAUCGAUCACCCUAACGCUAAUAUAAAAGGUGGUUCAUACCCAGUGAGUCAAGAAAGAAGACAGCCGACAGGAAGCGUAAGAAGGCCGUCAGUCGGUAGAGGAGCUGGUGGCUGCUCUUCAGUAUCUGGUGGUUGUGGUCGUCCAGCCGAACAAGAAAUUAUUCGCCAACCAAACUAUGAACCACAACGCAGACCACAAGCAAGCACGGGAGUCAAGACAAAACAGCCAUCAGUAUCACAACAAUCUGUAAUUGCUAAGCAACCUAAGCCAGAAUACGGAGAUGGUUCAAGCUACACAAGAGGACCUGAUGUUUAUCCAAAACCUGGAUUCGGUCAACCUAAUGCCCCUUACCAACCUGUUUCGACUCCAUCUAGAAGUAGCCAUACAGUUAAAACGGCCUCUCCUUCUCAAAAUACUUUAACACAAGCAGAUAAUAAACCAGAUUACCAACGACCUUCAGUUGCUACUGGAUCAGGAGGAGCAGUAAGGCCAGGGUAUCCCAACAGGCAGAUUCCAGGUCAUCAACCACCUAAUCAACCUCAAGUAUUCCCUCAUAGAGAAAACCCUGAUCAUCCUAAUGAAAGCUUGAAAGGAAGUGGAGCAUACAGGCCUCCUCCUCCAGCAGGUUUUCAAGGAUCAGCCUCGGAGGUUCAGCCACAACAAGUUGCACCAGCACCUGAGCCUGAACCAGAACCAUCAAAAUUACUAGGAGAUAUUGGUGCAGAGUAAAUAGCACUGAAACUAGCGAGAAAGCCACUCCAAUGACCACUAGAGGGUGGUCAAGCCAACUGCAAAUGAGUUCUUUACUUCCUGAACUUUAAAAAAAAGAUCUCAUCUGCGGAGAGUGGCUGUUAAAAUCUAACACUUCAAAUCGCACAAAAAAUGUGUUUUAUGUUUGUAAACUAUUUUACUUUAAUUAUUUGUUUUUUACAUUUAAAUGAUUUUUUUUACAUUUUUGUUAUCAUAAUCUUCACAGUUGUUUAUUUUUUUUAAAAGAACAG